GUUAUCGGAGUCCAAUAACUUCUCCACGUUGGAGGUUUUUGCUCUGGGUGCUGACACCAUAAAAAAAUAAAAAAAGUCCCUCGUUCUUCUUUUAUCUCCCCCGCGAAUCCUACCCCACAUUGUGAGAUUAAAAGAGGUCAAUUGAAUCGAUAAGAUCGCAAUUGUCGGGAAGGGAUAACAUUCCCAUAACGAAGCCGAUAUCAUGCGGCCGCAUACCCCCUCUCUGGACACCGCUCACGUAGCAGCGGGGCCUACAUCACCACCAGAGACUCCCACUACCGGAUCUCCUAAGAUCAACCGUAAAGCAGCAGCAAUCAACGGUCACCUACCGCGGCAUUCAAAGUCGCACGGCCACCAACGCCAUCCAUCUAACAUCCGGCCUUUAGGUGGGACUAAAUUUAGUUACACUCGUGCGCCUCGGCCUGAAGAAAUCUCACCUCGUUCCUCAAAUUCUUCAUCGGAGGAGUCCGUUUCAUCUGCAAGUCCCCCGCAAUCGCCACUUUCGGAUAUACCAAAACUUCGCCACCAACAUGUAGAGAAAAUUGCCGCCUCAAUUCGGAUCGAGCAGGCCGCGUUUUCCAUUGAGGAAUUGAGUGAUGACUGUUCCCUCAACAGCGAGGACGAUCAUCUUCACGUUCUUCGGCCGUACGCCUUCGAGUACGCCAAUUCCGAGAGAAGCCGGUCGAGAUCCCGGCCUCCGCCGGAUAUGGACCCGGCUGUCAUGACAGGCAUCGAGAAUCUAAAUACUUUCGAAGAUUCUGAUGCAGAUAUUGACCGCGAUGACGAGGAGUUCGUUCGGCAGCUUCAGAAACGUCGCGAAGAACGCCGUCUGAGGAGGAUGAAGUCCGGAAGUCUCAGCAAGCGAACAGUAAGCGAGCGAGGCAGUGAUUCCGACAGAGAGGAUGUACUGCCCUAUUAUGAAGGGAACGAAACUGGGCCGACUCGCCGAAUGCGGCGAAAAGUUGGUGAUCGAAUUAGUAUUCAAUUCACAGGCGCGCUUCCUGAGCGAAUUGAGGAGCUCAAGGAGCCGAACAGCGACGAUGAAAUUAUCUUGGAUGAUGCCGAGAUAUUCGCAAGAGAGUUACCGUACUGGACUCUAAUGGAUGUUGACUCUGAAUGAGUUCAACCGCAUACGUUAUGAAAAUGGAUGGGAGAGAAGCUUCGUGGUAGCUUCGUGGAGCUGACGCUAGAGCGUUGCCGACACACGUGCGGCACGCAAUUUACGAUUAUACGACACUAUACAAAUACGGCCCAGUCAAUAAUACAUCGACGUCUCCCGUUAAUUUACAUGGGAGCUAGCUGCCGC